AUGUCGUGUUUUGCCUCUGGCAUUCUGGCGAUAGGAGCAAGCAUCUUGCACCAACCGGCGGAAGAGAGGCCACAAAUAACAGAGCCGGUCGGAUCAUUGGUCACACAGCCAUUGCUACCGACGACUCGUGGCGAAGCGGUCGAUGACAAAGGGGUCGAUGACAAAGGGGUCGAUGACAAAGGGGCCGAUGACAAAGGGGUCGAUGACAAAGGGGUCGAUGACAAGAAGAUUUGGAGAUAUCGUUGGAGUGGAUUGACAAAUAUCGCAGCCAAAGGAGGGGUGUUCAAAUGUCCUAUCGAUGCUAAGAAGAAGCUGUCAGAAUUACUGUCCAAAGACGAAUGGAGGAACCUAAGGGAGAUCACGGAGAGGGAUUUGUGGAAGUGUAGGCUAAUCUACGUGGAGCUUGCCACGAUCAUUUCGAUAUUUAUCCGUUUUCCUUUUGGCGGCGUCACCGAAAGAGCGGAGAGGAUAGUAUGCGAGUGGCUGGAAGGAGCCGGGAGGAUCCGGAUACCGAAUAACUGGAUCGCUGGGUGCCUACUGCAGCGCUCCGGGGUCUCAACAAGCAAGGUAAUUGACUUUAUUGCUGGCACUUUAGGGUAUAUGCCCGCUGGUCGCUCGAAGGUGUUAGAAUGUGUUGUUAGAUGCAAGUUACGAUAUUCGAACUACUGGAAGAGGACAUUUAUGGGGGAUACAAGGGAACUGCUGCUGAAACGAGAAGAGAGUUUGGCAGCCAACGAGAUUACAGCGUUCGAGUUUGCAGAACAGGUCCUGUCGAGGUCCCGUCAACCCAUGGAGCCUUUGCCUGCAUCAUCUCAUAUACGAUCGCCUCUUAUAAAAUCGGAUCCUACAAACUCGUCUCUGACAGAUAUGCAAAGAAAAGGGACCAAACUGCUGGGGGCACGCGACCAGAUAUUGGAUGGAAUUCAGGACCAAGAUUUCGAAGCAUGCAGCUUGGACUAUCUCGAGCUUGGUACAAUUAUUGAUAAGAAUAUGUGCUUUGGUGAAGUACGUCCAUUUGUUGUAUACAACAUAGCUAGAGCUAUGGAGGAAGGCAUCGGAUCUCGACGUGUUCGAGGGUGGAUUGUGGGCUGCUUAUUACAAUUUGCAGAAGUACCAAUUUCAGACCUAAUUGAGUUUUGUAUAAAGGAACUCAAGUACACACCGGCAGUUUGUUGGAGACUCGAAUGCUUGAAGAGACGUAGCGAACUGUCCAGGGUUCACAAGAGAAAAAGACCUGAGGAUGCUCAUGCGCGUUUCCACCAACUUUUGUGUGGCCUACGUAAAAAGAUCUCUAUUUCUGAAUUCAAUAAACUGUCAUUGAUGUGCAGCGUGGAACAAACUUCGUUUCUUCGCGAAUGCUAUUACGCAUUCCGGUGCUCGGAAAACAAGUCCGCAGACUCCGGGAUUAAUUCACCAACUUCAAGUUCGCCGGCCACAGACAGGACCGUCCUGGAACCAGCAAUGAUGUAUUGUCACCCAGACGACCUCAUUGAAUUUGUUCACUGGGUGGACUCAAACUAG